AUGAUUCAGAGGUCAAUAUUUCACUUCUAUCUCAAUAUUCUACUUAUAGCAUGUGUCACUGUAGUCGGUCUAACCUAUUUUUACUCUAACUAUUGUUCUAACAAUUUGAAUUCGAGAGAAAGAUACAGACUGCAUUCUGCAAUCCAGCCUGUAGCUGAAAUUAGGCCAGGUAACAAAUGGAUAGUGGUCACAAGUAUUAGCUUACCAACGGAAGAUGUCAAGAGAUUAGCAUCAUUUACGGACUGGAACUUGGUCGUAGUUGCAGAUACAAAAACCCCGCUAGAUUGGGAACUGGAAAAUGCUCACUUUUUAUCAGUAGAGUUUCAAAAGAAAUCACCAUUUUCCCUGGUCUCCUCACUUUCUUACAAAUCCUAUACGCGGAAAAACAUUGGCUACCUGUACGCAAUAUCACAAGGAGCUGAAUGGAUUUAUGACACCGAUGAUGACAAUAAACCUUAUGGGCUAGGAUUGAACCAAUUCAAUUUCAAAGAAACAACUUCUGGGGUACGAUUUCGACCGGCAAAUGGAACUGCUACAGAAAUACAGCAACGUCUAUUCAACCCAUAUAGAUUCUACGGGAUGGAUCAAAUGUGGCCAAGGGGGUUCCCGUUGGAGCAUUUUGUUAAGCAUACUAAUGGGAACGAAACUCAAGUUCUAUGCUAUAAAAUGAAAAGAGCAGCCGUUCAACAAGGACUGGUUCAUCACGAUCCGGACGUGGACGCCAUUUAUCGAUUACAACACGCCGAUUCAAGAAGCGGCUUGAAUGUCAAAUUCAAUAAAUUUGCGCCUCCUAUCACUUUAUCAGUUGGCACAUAUUCUCCGUGGAAUUCGCAGAAUACAAUGUUCCACAAAUCAGCGUUCCAUACAUUGUUCCUUCCAACGACAGUAUCUUUUAGAACCACCGAUAUCUGGAGAAGCUUCAUUUCUCAGAAAAUACUUCAUCUAUCCGGGUUGACAGUAUCAUUUGUGCCAACUAACGCUGUACAUUUUCGAAAUGCACAUAAUUAUCUAAAAGAUUUCAAAGAUGAACAACAGGUUUAUGAAGAUUCUGGAAGAAUUAUUGAAUUUUUGCAUAAUUGGAAUUGCAAAACUGGAAGUUCUAUUCAAAGUUGUAUAGUUCAACUGGCUAAUGAUUUGGUCGAAGUAAAGCUAUUAGGUGAAGAAGACGAAAGUUUGAUGGAAAUGUUUUUGAAUGACUUGACUGCUUUGGGAUUUGAAUUUCCAAGCCUAAUUGGAGACAACUACGUGGAUCCGUAUGCUCCGUCAGCAAAUGAAAGCUCUAGAGAAGUCAACUGCAGAAGGAUGUAUUUGGAAUUCAAACUUGUCGACCCGAACACAAAUGUCUCAGAGAUCUCUCGAACAUCCCAAGAGAAGCUGAAUUAUUUUGGUGACAUCAUCAAAUGGUGUAACGAAACUCGAAAAUCAAGUGUUUCAAUAAAUUUCCCAUCACCGAAACAAUUGGCUAGUCUACAUGAAAAGUCCUAUGUAUUGAAGAAGCACAUGGAUAGUGUGUUAAUCGUGGUAAACAAUUACCCUUGGAAAUACGGUAUGGGUCUAAUCCAAAGGCUCUAUCAACCAUAUUUUGCCACGGUCAUCUUUUGUGGUUCCUGGUACCCCGCAGAAUUUUCUGAUGACACCAAUUUCACACCAACACUUUUCCCAAUCAACUACAUUCAUAUGAAUCCAGCCGAAAUUGAGAAAGGAUACUUUGCCUACCACUGUGUGACUCUUGCCAAAGAAUUAGGAUUGCACGAUGUUGAAGGGUACUUCUUAGUGGCCGACGAUACGGUAUUCAAUAUCUGGCAACGGAUUGAUUUUUCACGAGUGCAUCAUUUAACUGGUGUCACGUGUGAAGACAGUCCGAUAUGGUGGAGUAUCGCAGAUGUCGGAAUGGACGCAGCUAAAAGAGUCGUAGGUUAUAUCAAUAAUAGUACUGCCCCAGAAAUUGCGGAAACAUGGACAAAGUUUGAAACUGGACUGAAGAAAAAUGGGUAUGUAAAAAAUAAUCUGACAGUGAUGGAUGAAAUGACAUCGGGGCUUGGACGAAGUGUUUCCGAUUUCUUCUACAUCCCAACAUCUGAAAGUGAGUAUUAUGCCAGCCUAAUGAGAAUCUUCUACAAGAACAAACUAUUCUUGGAGAUAGCUGUGAACAAAUUUCUCAAAUCUGUGAAUCACCAAACAUCUCUCUCUGGAAAUUCCAGUUACUUAUGGGGAAACGACAGAAACAUCUGGGACACGUUUUACAGUAGAGAUAUGGUUGCAAUGCACCCGCUGAAAUUGGGUUAUCUGAAAACGCCCAAUGAACAUCGAAUAAGGUACUGCAAAACAAUAAUUCAGUCUUGGUCGGAUAUUAUAUUCGGUGGAUCUCAGGAUUUUAAAGUUAAAGCUGACAAUGAUACGGAUUAUAAAAACGGAUAA